AUGCCGCCGCCUCUCCCAGCCCACGGCGGAUCCGUCGCUCGUGCCGCCUCCAUCCGCCUGCUCUGCACCGCCGUGGCUCCUCCUGAGACCGCCUCCCUAUCCCACGCCCUCGCGCUGCCGCCCAUCGCCCGGUCCCCCGAUGCGGACGAGCUCGCGCGAGUCCUCCUCGCGCACCACAAUCCAUUCCACUCGGCUGAGUCACCGCUCCAGCUCCUCUCCGGCGGCGGCGUCUCCCUCACCGGGGAUCUCCUCGUUCAGCUCCUCCUCCGCCUCCGCGGCGCGUCCAAGCUCGCCCUCUCGCUCCUCCACGCCGCGCGCCUCCACCCAUCCUUCGUCAACACGCGCCCCCCGCCCGACGCCUACGACGCCGUGAUCGACGCCCUCGCCCGCGCGCGCCAGUUCGACGCCGCAUGGCGGGUCGUCGUUGACGCCUCCGCCGACGGCGCCGCUUCGCCACGCACGUUCGCAGUGCUCGCCAGGAGGUACAUCGCCGCGGGUAUGACGCGGCAGGCGGUCCGCGCGUUCGACGACAUGGAGGCGUUUGUUGGGAGGGAGGCCAAUUCUGCCGUGUUUGCCACGUUGCUCGACACGCUCUGCAAGUACAAGUACCCGAAGGUUGCUAUGGAGAUAUUUAAUAAGAGGAAAUACAAGUAUGAUCCAAAUGAAAAGAUGUACACUAUUUUAAUAUAUGGAUGGUGCAAGGUUAACCGGAGUGACAUGGCUCAGAAGUUACUAAGAGAUAUGCUUGAUCAUGGGAUAGAACCCAACAUAGUUACAUACAACAUUCUUCUAAAUGGUAUCUGCAGACAUGCAAGUUUGCACCCUGCUUACAGAUUUGAUAGAACAGUUCAUUCAGCAGAGGAUGUCUUGAAGGAGAUGCGUGACAGGGGAAUUGACCCGGAUGUAACCAGCUACUCAAUCAUCCUGCAUGUUUACAGUCGUGCACAUAAACCUGAGUUGUGUGUCUGUAUGUUCCGCUCAAUGAAAGAUAGAGGCAUUUGCCCCACAGUGGCAACAUACACAUCUGUGAUAAAGUGCCUUGCCUCCUGUGGGAGAUUGGAAGAUGCUGAGACCUUGCUUGAUGAGAUGGUUGCUGAGGGAGUAUGUCCCUCCCCAGCUACCUACAAUUGCUUCUUCAAGGAAUAUCGGGGGAGAAAUUAUGUGAGUGGUGCCUUGCAACUGUACAAUAAGAUGAAGCAACCUGGUUCACUGACUGCACCGGAUAUUCACACUUACAACAUAUUGCUUGGAAUGUUUAUAAAGCUGAAUCGACAUGGAACUGUUAAGGACAUUUGGAGCGAUAUGUGUGAAAGCACUGUAGGUCCUGAUCUUGAUUCAUACACCUUGUUGAUCCAUGGCUUUUGUGCAAGUCAGAAGUGGAGGGAGGCAUGCCAGUUCUUCAUGGAGAUGAUAGAGAAAGGUUUUCUUCCCCAAAAGAUCACCUUUGAGACGCUGUAUCGUGGCCUAAUACAGGCAGACAUGCUUAGGACCUGGAGGAGGCUGAAGCAAAGGGUUGAUGAAGAAGCAGCAAAAUUCAGUGAUGAAUUCAAACUCUAUCAUAUGAAGCCAUAUAAGAGGUGA